CUGGUGCCACUGGUGUUAACGGCUGCAGGUGAAAUGCUUAGCCGACGAAUGAGACAGCCGGCGUCUACAGUGUGACCAGGGAGUUGACGGAUUUUCUUUUCACUCGCUACUUUUCGACCUAUCGCAAAAGAUUUGCAGCAUUUCUUCUGCCUACGGCUUCGUCCCAACGUCGGCCUCAAUCCAUGAUCCUUCAUCUUAUAUGCAUAUCUGAACGUAUGCUUGCGUGGAUUCGGUGUUAUAGGUUUCAAUCACAUAUUAUACAUGCGAGCUGCAGAGGACAGGAGCGUAUUGUAUAACGACGUUGCGUUGCUCCACUCUCAACUCGCCGCAGCAGCUCUGUUCCGGAAGUCCUCGACGACGUCCCCUGGUCAUUGCCAUGCGGUCAACAGACGAGGUAUCUUUUACCUUCUACGCUCGACAUCCAGUGAACGUAUCUGGACAAAUGAUAGCCCGCUGACUGGGUGACAUGGGCCUGGGAGUUUCCUUGGGCCACCUUGGAGAGCACCAGUGAUGCACGUUGUGGCGGACCUCGCGAUGACCGCCAACAAACGGGGCUUCAACGCCACAAGCAAUACAAGCCCGUGAGUCUGUGAGAGCCCACUGCCACUGACUGCUUAGUUGCGGUACUUGAGUAUGGUGGUAUCCCCAAAACGCCUCAAUUUCUCUCUUCUCAUUGCCAUCGACCCAAUCUACCGUUCUGCUAGACGACUUGCCUCAUAUCUCUAUUGCCCCCCCUGCCGUCAGCACCGAGUUACCACGCAAGCAGCUACACCCUCUUGCCCGACUCCACCACUUGUACAAGCCUGUACUCCACUAACACCGCUUACACUACCCUUUACACUACCGCUAAAAAUUCUCAGCGGCUCGCAUCAGGGCGGUAUCUCCAUCGAAAAACUCGUCUCCGGGUUCCUAACACGCUCCCAACGGUUACUCCCCACAUAGAAGAACGAACGGGACCCCCUCCAUCAGGCCGAUCCCGGUCACAGCCUACCCUUAAACUUCCACCUCCCACACCUUUCAACCUCCCCCUCACUUUUUAUUGUUGUUUGCCCUUUUCUAUCUAUUGUUGAGCUAUUAAUCGUUGUUGUUAUUUGCGUUGAAUUUUCAUAUCGACAUCUCAUAUACCCAGGAGGUGCACUUGUUCCAGCCUAUUUGCGUUGUUCCCCAGACGAGAGUUGCAGCAUUAAGUCCGAGGUAUAUUGGGUGACACCACAUCUAAUAUUCGUUCCUGCAUACCGUCUUUCGAUACGACGUAUACCUGAAGCAUUAUUUUGUUGGAAGUUUUCUUUUCCAUUUAGAGCUACCGUCCUCACGGACACCAAGUUCCGGGUCUCCUUCAGAUUAAUUACGUGUAAGUGAUCAUCGCGACGCGACCACCUGUAGCCUACUGAUGGAACGUGUUAGCUAUAUUUGAUAACAUUUUCAGCAAUUGGUAUCGCACAACAUAUCCAAGGGAUGGAGAACACCCUGUACCGUCAAUUCUCGUAACAUUUGGAAUUCAACACAAGAAGAAUCAAAACUUCGCCAUUGCACUAAUGUUGAGAUAGAGAGAACGCGAUGGCAGCCUACAAAUCAGAUUUUGAUCCGCCCAAUAGGCCAAUGGAGUCUACAAGAGGUAGAAGAUUGGGGACGUACAUUGCUGUAUCCAAAAUGGAACAAAAAACGAACCCACAGAUGUUAGACCGAUCGACCAGACGAACAACACCUACCCCGAGCAAUGACCAAACAAGAGCAACUGCAUUGCCCCAAAAUUCGACGUCCAAACAAGAGGUCAAGGAGAAAGGGCCUGUAUCUGGAUUCAGCUUUGGGAAGCCAUCUAGCAAAAUCUCAACCACUGAGGCAGCGGAGUUGAAGGGGAAGCCAUCACGUAAUGUUCUGAGGAGGAAGCAAUCCUCAAUUUCCCAAUCUCAACAAGACAAUGAAGUUAGGCCUGAUAUCGAGAGGUCAACAUCUGCAACUCCCGGGAAACAAAUAUAUGGUUCUUCGCAACGACGACCAAGUUUAGAGACAAGCAGAUCCACGGAUGCGUAUAAUGAAAUAUAUACCAGACCCAGUCGAACGAGGACACCAAUAGCUAAAGAGUCGCCCCGCAUCAUACCGGAACUGGACAGAUAUCGAGCUAGACCCGAGCAGGCUACUUUUUCCAAGGUCAGGUCAAAUGCCGAAAUCCCACAUAAGCUUUCAACUCAGGAUCUUCCUCCUCCUACGCCACUUUUGUCAGGCACUCCUGGAUACUCCGGUAUGAGCAGUACCAAUAGUCGAUAUAGUGGUAGUGGAUACAGUGCCAGUCCAUCUACUAGAUUUUCGGAAUCUCCAGGAAUCGGAACCUACAGUAGAGACACCACACCAACCUCAAUGUCAUCAUCACCUGGGAUUGUUGCGCCAAUGAAAUUGAUACCACCCAGAUUACGGCAAGGUAGUCCAGCAGUAAACAGUCGCCCCCCGCUUACCGGAAGAAGGGAUGGGAGUUUUCCUCAAGAGCACGAGGAGCCUGUUGUAGAAACACUUCCAACAUUGCGAGAAUCUACCAAUUCUUCGUCCUCAAAUUCAACCGUGAAAGGGGAUAGUAAGGGUAUCGAAAAGAAAAAGAAGCGAAUGCCAACUUUACCUCCCAGCCCUCCUCCACGAAAGUCAUCACACAAAGCAAGCGAGAGUCCGCGAGGGACCCCGACGAAAUCAGCCCAGCCUCCUGCCAAGCCAAUCUUGACAGCGUUCUCUGAAUCUUCCUCAUUCGCUCGAAGGACGCCAGUAACAUCUCCCUCGAAACAAAAUCCACCUGCGCGGCCUAGCCGAGAAGGUGCCCCUGAUUUGCAAACACAACUUGGAGAGUCAAUGACAGUAAUACAAAGCAAUCUUGCCGGCAUUCCGUCUCCCCAGGAGCGUCGGCGGAGUCUUCUCCAGCGACACGUCACGUCACCACUGCAAACCCAGCCAGUGAUGAGACCAUCUCAAGGUUCUCGCUUACCAUCCAGAAAUCCAUCGCCUAGCCCAGUAUUAACAUCUCCACGCGAGGCAACACCAGCACCAACUGGGCUCGGAAUAGUUCCGGAUCUGAGACCGCGGGAGCAGCCUUCGACUAGAGGUACCAGAACACGCACACCGAGUCCAAGCAUACCAACAUCGAAACCUAGAUUCGGUCUAUUCACCAGAAGGACGAGGACAACUCCCGAGAUCACCACCUCGGAAGUUCGAAAUAAAGAGCCGAGAAAGGGCCCUGCAGCUGGCACUGGACAUGAAGGUUACGGAAGAUAUGCACUUCGAGGAAGAAGUAGUAGUACUGGGGUCGGAAUGGUGGCCAGAGAUAGAAGUCAGAGCAGGACCGGUUCUUCUCGGGAUAGUGUUGGAAGCAACCAUGCAACCGACCCAUUUUUAUUGCAACGAAUGAGCCCUGUCAUCAUUGCGGGUGGCGGGGAAAUUAAAGAGAACCAGAAUGAAAGUUCCGAGCUCAGCCGCAGUGAGAGCAACACAAGCCUGCUACUCGGUCGACCUAGUCUUGACUCCAGGGGCUCGUCAAAGUCCAGCUUGGGGCAAGAAGCAGCUCGUGCUACCCUUUGGCCAUCGGCCCUUUCCAAGGAGCAACCAGUGAAGAGAAACACACAACUUGCGAUGUCAAAAGGCCGUCGCCCCUCGGAUAGUAGUGAUGAUGCUGUUACUAAACCGAGUCUUGCUUUUCGUCGAUCACUUCUUCGGCUCAACGUUUCCGAGAACGCAUUGAAUCUUCCUCGGCCUCUCAAGAUUCCUUCUCGUGGGGUAUCACCUGCCAUGACCAGCCUCGACCCUAGCAUUAUGUCUGAUGAUUCCCGUAUUGAAUCUAAGCCAGUGCUCAUCAGAGGACGCAAGGAAGAAAAGAAGGACGCGAAGAAGCCAAAGAAAUUGGAAAAGCGAGCGAAAUCUCCAAGAAAAUGGAACUUCUUCCACCGCUCUCAACCUAGUAAUUCCAAAUCCAAGGGUGAAGAAUCAGUGGUGCCAGUUGCGGUGGAAAUACCAUCGGCCAAAAAACCUGCUGCGGUUCCUCAUUAUGCACUGAUUGAUUCGGACGAGCAACAAGAAGUCGAUGCCGUGGACCUUGAAGACAUUUUGAGGGAUGCUGCCAAUGUUGUGAAGGAUGCUGAUGUUUUCAACAUCUCAAAUGAAGAACUGGAAGCUGUUCAAUUUGAUAAUUACAAAGACAAUUUGAGGCGUAUUGAGGAUCUCCAGUCCAUACUAGGAGUCAGUCCGCCACCACCUGAGAAGGUCGAAGAGGUUGAGAAGGCUGAAGAGAUCGCACCACCACCUAUGCACUCUUCGCCAGAACCAAUGCAAACCACCCCAGAAUUAGCACAAUCCGAGUUUCAACCCAGCAGCGAUAUUACUCCGCCAGCUUUAGGACGACCAAGUCGACUAGCUCAAGUUGGUCGGAUUCCAAAGGUAAUUUCUGCAAGACCCCAAGCAACUUCUCCCAAGUCUUUUUCGAGGCCUUUUGCACGACUUAGCACAAAUCAGCCAGUUCCCAAACCAGAAGUCCUCGAUGUACAGUCAAUUGCGGUUGGCCCAAGCCCAACACCAUCCACAUCCGAAAUGCAAUCUGGAGCCGAUCGAAAAUCCAAUUCACAAUCGGGAAGCUACCACCACAACUCUGGUGACUCUACGGUCGAGACGGAUCAGAACAAUGACCAGGAUUUCAUCAGAUUCUCACCAGAGCGCAAAGACUCAGGGACUACUACGAUCAGCUCCAGCGGAAUGAGUUUUGCUGGUACCACAGCUGUUGUCCCCGAGGUUGGAGCUGAAUUGGAGGAAGAUGAAAUUUGGGACGAGUUUGAUGACUUGAUCGAGAAUGACAGACCAGUCUCUACAACCUCUUCGUGUGGAGUACCCUUUCAAUACGAGAGCUAUGAGAGUCGCCGCAUGAGAAGGAGUAGGAUGCAAGCGAAAGGGUCAUCAACUCUCACAACCCAGCCGCCUUCCCACAAUCCACCAAAGGAUAUCACACGCCGCUCAGAGUACACGACAUCUAGUGUGUAUAGCGUUGAGGUAGGCACGGCAAUUCCAACCGCCCCUGUUGAUACCAGUCCCACUCCAACUAGUGCCAUGUCUUUUGGGGACUUCAUUUCCGGGUAUGGAGAUCGAAACAAUUCCGUCAGUGAGGAUUCAUCUCGUGCUUCCCAGAGUAGCUCAAGGAGGUCAAUCGCAUCUUCAAAUUCCAUCAAGCGAAUCUCAGACGACAGUAACUCUCCAAUUUCACAAGUCAACCUCCGCAUCGGGUCAAUGACUGUAAGUAAAUGGCUCACAUUUGGCCAUGUCCUCUUUAGUCCUGCGAGAGAGGAAAUAAUGCAGAACGAAGGAUCCAAACGCCACUCCAUCCUUGUUAUUGAUGGACUUGGUAAUGGUCAGUCCUCCGCUCCUUCCCCCUUAGUACACACUAACAUACAUCCAGACGACUGGUCCUUCUAUGCAGCUGAAACCUACCCCUCUUGCACCUUCUACAACCUCUCUCCCUCCUCUCCCUCCACCCACCGCUCCUCAUCCUCUUCAUUUCCUUCCACACCUCCAAACCAUCGACAAAUCCAAUACCCCGUGUCAAACCCCACAACCAAAUACCCCUUCCCGUCGCAAUAUUUCCACGUCGUUGUCCUCCGAUUUCCAGCCGCUAUGCCAGAGUCCUCAUACCGCAACCUAAUCUCCGAAUCAAAACGAGUCCUCAAACCCGGUGGCUACCUCGAAACCGCCAUCCUCGACCUCGAUAUGCUUAACAUGGGCAAUCGAGCAAGACGCGCCGUCAGGGGAUUAAAGGUUCAGAUGCAAAUCAACAACCCGGCGAUAAACCUAUCCAGUGCAAGCGAUACUGUUCUUCGGUUGAUAGGCAAGAAAGGUUUUGUGGACGUGAAGAGUUGUAAUGUGGGGGUGCCAGUAGCUUCUACUAUCCCGGGUACGAAAAGGGAGAGUAGGGGAAAGAGAAAGGAGAUGAGUUUGCAGGAUAUGAUGAGGGAUGAGAGUCAGGUUGGUGAUGAGGGGAUCACUAAGAUGGUUGCUAAGGUUGGACGAUGGUGGUGGGGAAGAUGUUAUGAGGUGGAGGGAAAAGAGUGGAAAGGCGUGUUUGGUGAUGAGGCUCUGCUGGAGGAGUGCGAGAAAUGGGGAAGUAGUUUUAAACUUGUGGUUGCGCAUGCGCAGAAGCCGGAUGGGGUGAGGAGAAGAGGCGCUAGUGUGUAA